AUGGAAAUCGCGGACAUUACGAGGUAUUUGGGAUGGAUUUUCUACUUGAUUGGGCAGAGUUUGUACAAUAAUUUGGUGCCGUACGCGUGGAAAAAGAAGAAGGAUCUCAGAGGAAAGGUAAAACACUUCUUGGGUUGUAUCCUGCAUCUGUUUUCCCAAAAAAACAAGGUAUACUUUUUCAGUUUGCAAAAAUUAAUACGUUUUUUCCCAAGAAUACACUUUUUUCGUCCAUAAAGUAUCCAAAAAUUUGAUUGCAAAAUCCCACAGUAUCUUUAAUUUUUAAAAUACGGGUUUCUUGAUUUAGAAACUACUCUUAACCGGUGGCGGAAGUGGAAUUGGCGCUGCAACGGCCAAAAGAUUAGCUCAGGAAGGAUGUCAUCUGGCGCUUUGGGAUAUCAACGAAAAAGGGCUGGAAAAGACAAAAAAGGAGGUUGAAGAAUAUGGGGUUGAGGUAAGUUAUGUCUUUGCGACACUCUUGGAUACUUGCAUCUGACUGGCCUUGAUCCGUGUUACACCUGCUUUUUAUACAUAGCAUAUAAUAGAAUAGAAUCGGUUUAGCUAUGCGGCCGUAGGAACUGUUUCGAACAGACAAUUUGGAUAUCAAAAAGACAUCCAACGAAGUCUUGGGAUCAUAAAAGCAUCGCUAAUGUAAUUUUUAGGUCUAUAUUCAAACUGUCGACAUCUCCAAGGAAGAGAACGUCAACAAAGCCGCUGAUGAACUGCGAGAAAACUUUGGUGACAUCGAUAUUCUUUACAACAAUGCCGGGAUCAUCAACAACAGCUACUUCUUGGAUACCAGCACCGCAGCCAUAGAGAGGCUCAUUAGGGUUAUGCUUCUCUCACAUUUUUACGUAAGAUGUGCUAAACCUUUUACGACUCUUUAGACUGUAAAACAAUUUCUUCCCAAAAUGAUCGAACGCAAUGAAGGCCAUAUUGUGGCAAUGUGUUCUGUUGCUGGUCAUCUCGGCUUGGCCGGUAAGUCAAUUCGAAUAAAAAUCUACUCUCCCUGCAGAAAUUGCUGACUACUGUGCAGCGAAAUUUGGAGUCCGCGGCUUUAUGGAAUCCCUCUACAAUCAGAUGAUAAUCCUUGGCCACGAUGGGAUCGAAUUCACUUCAAUUUACCCGUGGUAUGUCAAAACUCCACUUCUGGAUGGCCAACAACAUUUCCAUCAAGCCUUUCCGGCUGUGGAGUUGGAUGGCCUUAUUGAAAGGAGUAUUCAAGCGAUCAAACUGAACGAAAGAGAGGUGUUAUACCCGGCCAAGCUGAAUGUCUGGAUGGCAAUUAAAGCUUGUUUCCCAUUGGCAGUGCAAAGGAGUAUUCUAUUGGGGAAAUUGUGUUGGUCUUAA